GCUUCGGCGUGCGUGUCGCUCCCGGAGACCCGAUGAAUGAUCGUGAUAUUCUUGGGGCUAUGAAUCGGGCUCACGGCCCGGAUCUGUUUCGCAUACUGGGGAAGAUGGGUUUGUGGGGGGCGGUUUUUUUAUUAUUCACGGAUUGUGGUUAUGAGGACGUCGAGCUGAAAUAUAACUUGUAUGAUUCGCCUUGUCAAGUGUGGAGGUGCUCAUAUAAUAUACACGUUAACAAUAUACACGUUAACAAAGUGCGGCGUUGUUACUUCUUAGCAGACAGUAUGGCAGGGCAUACAUACAUUCUGCCGUGGAAGAAAGUUAUCGUUACACUCCUGAGUUACAUACAGUUUAUACCCAAUCGACCCAGAAGUGCAAUUAAGCUCUCGCUAGCAAUCCCUCGCCGACUUCAGAUCUUAAGUGCGCCACCACUACCAAAAGUACCUCCUACGUAUGCGCACAUACUUACAAGCCGUAUUCUUCGUAGUCAGCCAUUUUGAGGCACCCCGCACUAACUGGAGUCCAGCAUCACCACUACCCACUCCGUAACACACUUACCCACCUCUUUCGCUGUGGUAGCACAGGUACAUGGCGUGAGUGCCGUUCUACUUACUCAGGCGCAAGAGCCUCAGAGGCCUAGAGGGUAGCUAAGAAGGCGCUAGAAGCGGGAGAUCGACGCAGCAGACAGUGAAGCUGUCUUCGCCAAUGCACAAUGAAACCCGACUUUCGGUACUGACGGGCUGAUUGCCUUUUCAGCUAUUUCCGCUUCAAUCCCGCAUAAGUACCCGGUACGUUGAGAUUUUGCUGUAUGGUAAAUGAAGUAUGCGGCUGUGAUGUAUGCCAAGAGAGCGCAGAUGGCGAGGGUCCACUCUAAGUAGCUUGAAGAGCUAAGACAUACCCACCUGUAGCUUAGCCUGGUCAAUGAUGCCCCCACUGAGUAUGUCACUGGGCUGGACUUGCACAAUGGACCCCAUUCAUUCUCAGGAGACGCAAAGAUGUGAUUCUCCGGAUC